UACGGGAAACGAACACAUAUACCAAAUGCUUGGUUGAGGAGCUUUGUCUGAGUUACGAGUCAGAAAAGUGUCCUUUUCUGGUUUCAUUCAAAGCAGUGCCAUCAAUGGGAACAUAACAUAGCAAUUAGCAAAUGAUCUUCACAAGACAUGGCAUCACUGUGUCUAAACUCAUUACCAGUCCCACCAACUUCUCUUUCUUCUUCUUCUUCUUCUUCUUCUUUGCUUCUUCAUAACAACAACAACAACAACAACAAUCUUAGUGCCUUGAAACCCAUUGUUGUCAGUGGAGACCCCCCAACUUUUGUUUCUGCUCCUGGUCGCAGAAUUCUUGCUGUUGGAGAUCUACAUGGAGAUCUUAAGCAAGCUAGGUCUGCACUUGAAAUGGCUGGUGUAUUGAGCUCUGAUGGUCGAGACUUAUGGACUGGUGGAGAAACUGUGUUGGUUCAACUUGGAGACAUACUAGAUCGAGGUGAAGAUGAAAUUGCCAUCUUGUCCAUGCUGCGAUCAUUGGAUAGACAGGCAAAAGAAAAAGGUGGAGCAGUGUUUCAGGUAAAUGGAAAUCAUGAGACCAUGAAUGUGGAAGGGGAUUUUAGAUAUGUUGAGUCUGGGGGAUUUGAUGAGUGUAAUGAUUUCUUAGAAUAUAUCAAUGGUUCUGAAGGUGACUGGGAGGAAACUUUUACUUCUUGGGUUGAUGUCUCUAAAAGGUGGAAAGAAGAUCGAACAAUGUCAAAAAGUUAUUGGGGACCUUGGAAUUUAUUGAAGAGACAAAAGGGAGUCAUUGCCAGAUCAAUCCUCUUUAGGCCUGGUGGGCUUCUUGCACGUGAGCUUGCAAGGCAUGCUGUUGUACUAAAGGUCAAUGACUGGGUCUUCUGUCAUGGUGGACUUCUUCCUCACCAUGUUGCAUAUGGCUUAGAGAGGAUGAAUAAAGAAGUGUCUGAGUGGAUGAGAGGUCAGCAUGAGGAUGACAAUACUCACAAAAUGCCUUUCAUUGCCACUAGGGGUUAUGAUAGUGUUGUUUGGAAUCGUUUAUACUCAAGAGACACACCAGAUUUAGUGGACUAUCAGGCUAAACAGGUAUGUUCCAUUCUUGACGAGACAAUGCAAGCAGUUGGUGCUAAGGCAAUGGUGGUUGGACAUACUCCUCAAACUAUAGGUGUAAAUUGUAAAUACAAUUGUAGCAUAUGGCGCGUAGAUGUUGGAAUGUCCAGUGGAGUUCUGAAUUCAAAACCAGAGGUUCUAGAAAUUAUAGACGAUAAAGCAAGAGUUAUAAGGUGCAAAAGGGACAGACACAGUGAACUUCAAGCUGCUGCAUAUACUUAAGAGAAAAACAAAUUAUUCAACAGGAGGUAGGGGAAUCCAACUAGUGAAGUCUAACAUUGGCAAAUAUAUGCAAUACCCGAUGACCAAUGCAAGUUACUUGUUACUUGUGAAGAAAGGAAACAGUAUACCUAUUUUGGCAACCAAAAAAAUCCUGAGAGAGAAAUUCCAAGGCAGAAGAUAUUGAAACAUUUGAAAAUGGGUUAUACAACAAGAGAAAGAAGGGAAGAGGAGAAGGGUAAAUAAUGUAAAUAUUGUAUGCUUCUGAAUCAGUUGCAUUUUCACAUAUUACAUUAACCAGUCCCAUUCGAAACUGCUCGAAUGUUUGUGAUUAACCUCAUCUCACUAGAUCUAGCUUCCUCUGGCACUCUUUAACUAAUGAUAUUUGUUCUAUUUCAAACUCUUGACAUGACUAACCUCUUGAAGCAUUUUGUGCCACUUCAGAAUGGAUGAAGAUAUUUUGUGUA